AUGAACCAAACCGGUACACUAAACCGGACAGACACCAUCAAGUGGCCUACCAUCAUCAUCUGCUUCAUCUUGGUCAUAACAGGUCAAUCCAUUGCAAAACUCCUCGAGAACUACUACUACCUCCACACAACCAACAAACGUCGAGCCACAUGGUUUCAAUCUCUCCUUCAAGUCAUCGGGUUCCCCUUCCUCCACACUCCUCUCUACUUCCUCCUUUAUCCCGACCCUAGGAAACCGAACCAACUUCCUCCUUCUUCCGACCGAACCUCUCUCAGAUUCCUCACCCUACUUUACCCUGGUAUCGGCGUGAGCAUGGUGUUUCACGCAAGACUAUACACCAAAGGCAAACUCGAGAUACCCUUUAACGUUUUCACACUCAUCUACACAGCACAACUCUUAUUCACCACGGUCUUAUCCUUCAUCGUCAAAAAGUUCAAGUUCAAUAGAUGGAUUUUUAUCUCACUCUUCUUCGCCAUGGCCGCUGGUGCUCUCACUCUCUCUUCUUCGUUCCCCGGAGAACCAGAGAACGAUACAGCGAAAUACCGUACAGGUGUGUUAGGGCAUGAUUAUAGCACAAACCCAUAA